UGAAAUGACUCAACCCAGCAGCACAGCCUCUACAUGUGCAACUCGGUGGAAAAUGUGGCUGUUCAAGGUUUUAAGUGUCAUAUGUUUCACUGCUGUUUGUGCAGCUCAGGCUCCUGAGGAUGCCACCCCCUCCUCUAUCAGAGAAGUUGAUAUGACCAUUCCAACCACAACUCCCUACGAGCGUCCUGUACCGACUGUGGCGCGUCUGUCAUCCUGGUUGGACGUGUUCCCUUCUGAGAAAGUGGAGUUUGAUUGUAAUGUCAAUAGCAGCUCUGACUGGACCUUCACCUGGUACAGAAAUGCAGAGAAACUACAAGAUAUAGAUCCAAAUGUGACUGCAUCGGGAUCAAAGCUCAUGAUCACUGCAACCACAACAACAUAUUCUGGAAGUUAUUCGUGUAAAGGUCAUCACAAAACAAGGCCAGAUGUUACCACGGAAACUAGUGCACCAGUCCAACUCAAAGUUUAUCCAAACCCCCCCAAACCCACUUUGACCCGGAGUUCAAAGUUUAACACGAUGUUCCCCGGAGAGUCUGUCACCUUCACAUGCAAGGUUGAUGCGUCCUCUGGGUGGAGAUAUCUUUGGUACCAUAAUAACACAGAAAUCCAAACUUCUGAUCCUAAUUUUCGAGUUGACAUAAAUCAUUCUAAAAGUGGACAGUACCACUGCAAAGCCAAAAGAGGCAAAAGCCCAUUCUUCACAGAAGUGAGUGAAGCAACAACUCUACAGGUCUCUGACCCACCCAAACCGUUUCUAAAGCUGCUGAGUCCCUGGAUGGAUGUGUUUGAAAAUGAGACGGUGGAGUUUAGCUGUGAAGUGGAAAGCGAUGACUGGAUGAUCACCUGGUACAGAAAUGAAAAGGAGGUUCACUUUGAGGAGGAUCUAAACGUGGAAAUAAUGGACUCCUCUCUCAAUAUCACCUCGGUCACUCAAGCCUAUCAAGGAAACUACUCUUGCAAAGCUGAACUCGAAUCCAGGAAAGUCAUCUUUGAAUUCAGCAACACGGCUGAUCUGAGAGUUUAUGGAAACACACCAAAACCAACCGUGAGCAAGGUUCCUACUCUUAACCCGAUGUAUGUUGGAGAAACAGUGAACUUCACCUGCAAAGUUAUUGUGUCCUCUGGCUGGGAGUAUCAAUGGUACAGAAAUGGAGUAAAAACCACUACCGGGGAAACCAUCAGCAUCCCUCUCAGUCUUUCUAACCAAUACUGGUGCAUGGCCUACAGAGGUGAUACAACCCAAACAGAGUUCAGUGACAAAAUGCAACAAGAUGUACUUGAAAUCCCUGUCCCAUCUUUGAAGCGGAUCACACCGUGGCUGGAUGUGUUCCCCACUGAAGGUGUGAAGUUGAGCUGUGGGAUGGACGGCUCCUCCAACUGGACAUACACAUGGUUCAGAGACGGACAGCUGGUCACGAAAGAUGAUGCUCUGUCUUUUGACUCCGAUGCAGCUAAUCUCUCCAUCAGUUCUGCUUCAGCCUCUCAGCGUGGACAGUACAGCUGCUCGGCACAACUCAAGAGCCGCUCGGUCAGCAGCAACUCCAGCUCUGAGACAACACUGGAGGUUUAUGAUACAAAACCCAGAGUCACACUGAUGCAGAAUCCCAAACACAAUGUGAUGUAUACCGGAGAUGCAGUCACCUUUAGCUGUCACGUUAAUGUGUCUUCUGGAUGGGAGUACCUGUGGCACAAAGAUGGCCGUCCUCUCUCUGAAUACAAUCACAACAUCAGCUCUGUUGUGACAACAAACACAUCAUAUCAAUGCCAAGUUAAAAGAGGAACAAAUACAGCCUUCCACUCGGACCGGAGCCAGGCUGUGGGACUCGAGGUUAAGGAGCGCCCAAAGGCUAAUAUAAUCCUGUUAACUGGCUGGUCGGAAGUCUUCUCCACUGACAGCUUGGCGCUCCAAUGUGAGAUGCCAAAAAGCCAGGACCUAUGGAACUACACAUGGUUCAAAGAGGGACGUCAAAUCAAUCAUCUGAUCUCUGAGAAGCACACAGUCACACCCCAGAAUAACACGGAGCAGAGCCUGUACACCUGCCAGGGAAUUCGCAGUGGUAGACCAUCUUAUUCAAAAUUCAGUGAAUCUUUCACAACCAAGAACCUACUUUUGAAGAGGAGGGUGCUUCUCUCCAUCUCUGGCCUUAUCUUCUUUGGCAUCAUCGCUGUCCUCCUUGGAUGCAUUUUCCUCAGAGUCUUCCGGAAACCAGAUGAUGGUGACGACAAGCCAGAAGAAACAGAGCUGUUUCUCACCAUGGCUCAGCUUAAGGAGCGUGAUGAUGCACCCUGUCCAAUGGUUCAGUACAUCACUGAUGCGGAACUGAAUUCUUCACCUAAGGAAGGGGAAGAGAAUGGAACAGCCUGCAGUGAGACACCAUUACCAAUAACCUCACACGAGGAUCAAGCCGUGACGAUUGAGAGCAGCGGUACAACAGAAAACAAUGGUGGGCUGGUUUCCUUUAAACAAUAACUCAACAUACAACACCGGAUUGAGUACAGAAACCUCCUGCUCACAUACAAAGCCCUCCACAACCGGACCCCCACCUAUCUUGCCGAUGAGUGGGGGUCCUUCAGCAUAAUAAUGAAUCCUGGACCAAUAUACUGGCUGGCAUUGCCAUAGAGAUGUGUACACAUUUUUUCUGCACAGAAAAUUCUUUGGUUGCACAAUACCGUUAGAAUUUUACACAUUUUAUUUCACAUCAUUAAACAGUUAAAGGGAAUACAAAAAAAAAAAUUAUUUAUGUAAUAAGCAUCAAUCAUAAUGUGUAUGUUUAACUGCUGACAAUUAUUCAAUUCACUGUAAAUAUGUGUUAACUGAAGGAGAAUUAAGUACGUUUUCAAUUCUAACAUCUGUGGCCUGAUGCAUAAUAGACAUGUCAGACACACCUUUUCUCAUAAAUUGGUCUUUGUAAAGGAAAAUGUGUGCAAAUUGCUUCAGAUGAGACGUACUCUAUGAACUUGUUUGCCUAUUUAAAUGAUUGUAUUAUUAUUUCUGCAGCCCACACAGCUUUAUGUAGUUGAUUUCAAUGAGAA